UUGAGGACUAGUUCUGGAGAGUCGUAUCUAUUAAAACGCAUCGCUUAGUUGAAGGACUUUGAAACUUAAUGAAUCGAAAUUCAUCAUUCUAAAGCUGCUAUUAAACUUCUAAGGCGGAAAGACGUAUGUUGAAUUACCCCUCUCUCUUGGAAGAUCUGGAGUUCUACUUUGAGUUACAAACGUCGAGCAGCUUGCUAAGCCUAUUACAAACGACUACAGUCAUUGGAAGCGGAAAAAAUGCGAAGAAGUUUUUACAUAUAUGUUCUGUUUGCCGUGAGUUUUCGUGGAUUCUGUUGCUGCAAAAGUGAAGAAGUUCUUGAAAAUCCACAUCGAAGGCUUGAUUUCAGAGCUGGAAUAUUUUCAAGCAUUCAAGGCUACGCAAUCAGUUUGGUAUUCAAGACUCUUCAAGUAUUCGACGCCUUUGCAUGUGUGUCAGCAUGUCUUGAAGAACCGAACUGUCAAUCAGUCAACUUUGGCACCUCAGGGCAACCCAAACAUCUUUGUGAGCUCAGUCAAAAGACUUUUGAUUCCAAGCCUUCGUGUAAAGUGCCGAGGUCAGGGUUUAUUCAUUAUUCUCCUUUCCAGACUCAACCUGUCACUAAUGACCCGUGCAGCAACGUUACAUGUAAGAAUGGAGCGACUUGUGAACCAGGAUUUGGUGAAUCAGGUUUUCGAUGUAAAUGUGGGGCAUUCAACGAUGGUCAAUAUUGCCAGUUUUGGACCGUUAAUAUCUCAUCUUGCAAAGACAUUUUCAGCAAAACAAGCUAUCGUGCGGACAUGGCCUACACGUACAUGAUCGACAACAAACAAACAGAUAUCUAUUGUCAUUUGUCAAGCGAUCUGUGUGGAAGCAGGGGAUGGACGCUGGUCAUGAAGACUGACGGCUCGAAGAACACAUUCAUUUUCUCGUCAGCCUUGUGGUCCAACAAGAACGCGUAUGGACUAUCAGCAGGUAAAACCGGUUUUGACAAUCACGAGACCAAGAUGCCCAGCUACUGGGCUAUGCCUUUCCAGAGCUUGUGUGUUGGUAUGAAAGUCGGGAACAACUUGAACUGGGCUCUCAUUCCUUAUUCGGCUUCUUCCUUGUAUGACGUCAUUGCUAACAACACCUACAGCAAUUUUACUAUUGGUCGAGAGAAAUGGCUGUCUCUGAUUGGUGGAUCCUCCUUACAGCAAUAUUGUAAUAAUGAAGGUUUUAAUAACAUACUUGCAGUAAGGAUUGGCAUUAGAUCGAACAAUGAAAACGACUGCAAUUCACCGGAUAGUACGAUCGGUUUUGGACUUCCGUGGAGCGGUUUAACAUGUGGGAAUCGCUGUAAAUCGUCCGGCUGCAGUAGUGGUUCAAAAGACUUAGUGACCUUUGGGUAUAUUUUAAUCAACCAACCGAUUUGAAAUAGUGACGUAGAAAUGAAGUCACUACAAAAGUGAGGUGUUUUAAAAGAAGCUUGCGGAAAACUUGAUUAUCGAAAAUUAAUUACA